AUGAUUCGCAACCUGGUCGGCAUGCAUGAUGUUCAGAAUAGUGCUACUGGAGGCGUUGUAGAUGGGGGACUGUUAGCGGUAGGGGAUACAUCACCCAUUAAUAAUGGCGCAUUGCACUCGUACCAAUUGCGGAGUCUUCAGAAGCUUGUCCAUGAGUUUCCCGAGCGCGAGCUUGGUUUCCUCCCCAGAGUCAUGAUCCUCGGCCACGAAUGUUCAUUUGUGGCGCGUGUCCCUGGCCCUGCCAAGCAAUCCAUUCUUUACACCAGGCAACAGAAGAGAACGACCGAGAUCGAGAUCGAUCGGAGUACAAAGGUAUUGGGAGCGCUGUAGCUCCUGCAUGACUGGGCGGCCACGGAGUACUGGCCGGCAGUCAAGACGGAGAGAUAUUGGGGCUCCCAUAGACACAGUCAUGAGAUGGGGUUAACCGCUGCUCUUGAGAUGAUCAAGCCCAACGUUCCAGAUCUUGAAAUAAAAUGCAUAACAAUGUCUCAU